AUGGCUCCAAACGCUAGCUUCUCCUUCGACUACCGAGUGACCCAUCUUGAGGAGCAACCACCACCGUUCCCACAGCUGACGAUUGAGUGUGAGGUGUGUGAUACGUUUGUGGACCGUGCCGAGCUUGUGGAGCAUCUGGAGGUAUGCGCUCAUGACAGUAGUGCGCCGUACAUGCUGAAAAUGAUGUUCCUUCAUCAAGCCAAACUGGAGAACAUCGAGAAGUGGAUUGACCUCAACUACAAACUGCUCUGCGAUGGACAUCCACUGCAACUUCCAAAGGGGAUUUGCUACCAUUGCCCAAAUCCGGAGGAUCAUCGCAAUGAGAGAUGCAAGCAUUUGACAAGACUGGAGUAUUUGCAGACCAUGCUCACCAAGACCGAGGAGGACUACCAGUGGCAUUUCACUGAAGCUCAACGCUUCCUGACAAAAACCCAAAUAGAAAUGUUGUCUUUAAAGCAAAGACGCUACUUGGACGAUUAUUUCAAGAAAAUCGAGGGAGAGAAUAGCGAUCCAACUUCCAACGAGCCAGCUUUCACCGCUGAGGAGAAGGAGUAUCCAGCUUCGACCUGCGCUGAAAUUCGCUCUAUUGAGAGACGAAACAACGAAAAGAUGAGAGACUUGCAAGAGGAUGUGGAGAGAAAAUCGAGAGAAAACUACAUCUUCCAGAUGGAGAAACGAAGAAACCGUCACGAGGAGAUGAUCGAUUAUCUUACAAUCAAGGAUAGAGUCUCUCCAGAUUUUGAACUCGAAUUCGCUUAA